UCAUCAAACAAAUGGAACAUAUCACAGAACUUUGCUAAGAUGGACAACUCGACACAUAAAGACCAACACCCUGACAAAAAAUAUUCCAGCCAUGCCAACAAAUUACAGAAAGGUUUUACUGCUGCAUAUCCAACACAAUCCUCCAUCCCUUUUAAAAGCCAGACUGCAACAAUUCCGGAAUCAGAGAAAAAGGGAUUCAAUAGUCAAGCGAAGAGAUUUUAUUAUAAAAAGGAUACCAUCCCAGGUCCGGGGUUCUACAACGUCAUUCACCAAUCUCCAGUGUUCAACAGUGCCUCGUUGUCUAAGAAAGGAACGUGCACUUUUCCCUCUACGCGCGCCCGACUGGACACCAUCGUUUCUAAAUACCCUGCGGCUAAUGCAUACACUAUCCCAUCACGUUUCGUCUCGAAGAAGGACUUCAGUAAUUCCUGUUCGAGCAUGUUCCAGUUGCCGAGCUUUGCAAAAGUCCUCAAAUUUGAACCCCCUGCACCAAACCAGUACAAUGCCUCUGUCUCUUACUGCAAGCAGAGAAACAACGUCUGUGCCCGAGCGGGGUUUAUGUCCAAAACCCAGAGAGGAUUUUUCACUAUCGCUGAAACAGGACCUGCCCCAGGGCAUUAUAAUAUCAACGAAUCCCUUGUGAAGCAGUCGCCCAAGGUAUUAAUGUCUUGUUUUAAAUCAAAAACUGGACGUGGAUUAAAACUGACAUCGACAGGCCCGGGACCUGGGUAUUACAACCCCAAUGAUCACACCAAGAUUCUGAAAAAGACUCUUAUCCCGAAAAACCCCAUCCUGAACUUCUCGGCGCAGCCUUUGCCCCUGCCCCCGAAGCCGCCCCUCCCAGGUCCUGGGCAGUACGAGAUCGUGGACUACGUGGGGCCCCCCAGGCACUUCAUCUCCUCUGCGUCCUUCGUGUCCAGCACCAGCCGGUGGACAGCGGCCCCGUCCCAGCCAGGCCUGCCGGGCCCAGCCACGUAUAGCCCAGAAUUCCCUGGAAAGCAGUCCUUUCUCUACAACGAGGACAACAAAUGGAUCCCAGUGCUGUAGGGACUCACACAAGCUCAGGGAGAACCCUGGCCACCAGCUGCCCCACCCAGGUUCCCCCAGGACGUUCAUUCAGAGAAUGCCCAUUUCAUGAGUGACAGAUGACUCCCCGGGGGGCAGCUCUGCUCCCGUCCCCUCCCCCCCUAGCUGGUGUAGAGCUGGGUUCCUGCGUUUGUCCUUGUCUUGAGCUGCCCCCUGGAGAUUGGACUGGGUGGUUUCCUGAGCAGAAAUGAGGAGUGGACAGAGCCUCCCUUGGUUACCUGGCCAUGCACCUGUCCAUGCUGGCUUUCGCAGGCCUCCCCAUGGAUGUAGGGGGCUGCUGAAGCUCAGACUCCAGGGAGAAGGCGGCCAACAGCAGAUUCCACAUCUAGAAGCCUGAUGCUGAGCCACGGCUCUGGGGUCCAGAGUGCACCUGCUGGGUGGACCACACAGGACCGCAACACAGGCACACUCCCAUCCUUCGGCCUUGACUUGCAGACUUCCCCUGGAGUCUCAGGAGCUGGGCAGGCCCAGAGGUGCAUGUGACAGACAUGAAGGGGUUGCCCGGGCCCUUGCCUCCAGCUGAGCCUUCGUAUCUCAUGUUUGGGAAGAGCAUGGCAGCCAGUCACCGUGGUCACUUGUGUUCAUUACCCGCCUUCAGGAGAGGCCACCACAUCCACUUAGUGGCUCAGUAUUGGGCAGCCCAUGUGGGCAGGAGCCUGCCGGAGCCAGGGCCCUGGAAACUGCGAUUCUGAGGGGCAGGGAGGCCAUGCACCUCUUGGCGCCUGCAGGUUCUUUCUUUCCCCGGGACUUCCCUGUCCCCGGGCCUGGCCUCCAUCUCCUCCCAGACCUCCUGCUCAAAUGCGACACAGUCUUUAGUGGAUAUUUUCUGGCUCGCCAAAUCGGUUUCCUCCUGGCAAGAGGAAGAGAUUCCCAAAGAACCAAGGGGAACUGGAACUGAGUACCCAUCCCCUCCUUCCCCAAAUACCGUUGUUCCCAUCUGCAAGUGCAGGGCUCUGGUGCAGCCCCCUUCCCGUGCCCCACAUAGUCAAGACCUCGCACUCCCCGGGCCCUGCCUCUGAUUUUUCUCUGUGACCAGAGAACGGCCUUCCUGUCAGAAUGGCUGCUGACUGGCCCUCCCUUUGGGGAGGGGUGGGUGAGGAAGAGGGAGGGAGGAUAGAAUACCAUAGCCAAUUAAACUGAAUUCUUGCAUCUCACAAGAGCUGGCCUUUUUGUGAACCCCAGAUU